GCAGCAGUGUAUAACGGAUAAAACCCUCAGGGUUAUGGUGUUCUGUGCUGCUUCCAACUUUGGCACGCAGGACAUCGCUUUUCCCCAUCAGUCAGAGCUGAAAGUGAAUGGCGACGAUGUCAAGGCCAACCUGAGAGGGUUAAAGAACAAGCCCGGCUCCACGAGACCUGUCGACAUAACAGAUCUCCUCCGGCUCAAGAUUCCGACCUAUCACAAUACAGUCGAAUUCACAUACGCUCUAACCCAGAAGCGCUUCUACCUCUCCAUACACGUCUGCAAGUCCAUCCAUGUAGACAAUCUCGUGCAGACCAUAUCGAGCCGGAAGAUCUCGAAGGGCUCUGUCAUCAAGGAGCUCACAAAAAAGGCUCACGAUGCCGAGAUCGAGCUCUCGUCUCAAGUCUUAUCUCUGAAGUGCCCUCUCUCCUAUAUGAGACUCAAUACGCCCAUCCGCGCAACUACCUGCACACACGUCCAAUGUUUUGAUGCCACCUCAUAUCUCCAGCUGCAGCAGCAGGGCCCUCAGUGGGUAUGCCCUGUUUGCAGCAAGUCAGCGCCGUUCGAGCGGCUGGCUAUUGAUGAAUAUGUGCGAGACAUUCUAAACAACACUCCCACCUCUGUUGAACAGAUUGACAUCGAGCCGAGCGGUCGUUGGAAGAUGCAUAAGCCUACGGAAGCCUUAGCCAAUCCGGAACCGCAGUACGAUGCCUUCGAGCUGGACGAUGAUGAUCUGGUUGUCUCCGAGAUCAACCAAUCCAGAGAUUAUAGCACCAACAGUCCGAACACCGUCGGUCCUGCAACUGGAGUCCUGACGCCAGCUUCUGGCUUCUCUAAAGAAGGGUCAUCCUCGAUAUCGAGACCUGGAGGAACCAAGCGAGCCCACGAGGUCAUCGACCUGACAUUGUCGGAUGAAGAUGAUGAAGAGUCUUCACAACCGCCGUCUAAGCGAAUUCAGCUACUUCGUUCCUUCCCUAGUGGCCCGUCCGCCUUUCUCUAGUCACCAGGCGAUCCUCUUGCGCAUCACCCGAGAUCAUGGGGAACAGCUGGGUUGAUAAAAGCAAUACCAGCCAAGAGGGGAGGGGGGGGGGGGCCACAUGUUGACCUGUGUCAAAGACUAUGCAUGUGGGAAAUGGAAGCCUCGACCGUUCCGAGACGAGCACUGGAGGGACAACAGCGUCUCUGGUGCCGAACAGGCAUUACCCAAAGGGUAUAUCGGUGGAUACGUCUUUCUUGAGGGCCUGGGUGACUGCCGUCGGCGGUGUAGACCAGGGGCUGCUGCUUGCUAUUAGGAUGGAGGCAAAGGAAUAGAUUGUUUUGGCAUUGCAAGGCGUUCUAGGAGGGUUGGCGUGGAAAGGGGUUAUACCAAAUACCAUAUGGCGGCUGACUGGAUGGGACGGUGCUGAAAGGAAUCGGACACCUCAUGAGGGUAGCAGGCAGUACAUGCGGACUAGGAUGAACGAGGAUCAUAGCUGCUGAAGAGGCUGACCCAAACAAAACGAAGAAGAAAAAGCACAGUACGCGCCAAUCAUGAAUG